GCAACAUUUCGACUAUUUCCAAUCAAGAGAUACCUAUGACAUCGGGAACAUCUCGAAGACCUAUGUCGACGGAGGAUCAGAUGACAAAUAAUUAUUGGAUUUCCGGAGAAUAUUGCCAAAAUUACUCUCAAGGAGAAGACACACGCAAUUCUUGGACACAGUCGGUCUGCGCCAGGGAAGAGAGUGCAUCUCAUCAGCAAUAUCUAGUGGGUAGUCACGAAGCGUCUUCGCCUAACGAAGCUCUUAGUCAGAGAAACGAAGCUUGUCGAAGUGGAUCCGCCGACAACGGGUAUCAUUAUUAUAAUUUGCCCCAGCAACAAGAAGAGAGUAGCGCUUUCCAUCCGGACAACGGAGUCCCUUAUUAUAAUGCUUACAACCUGCAAGGACAAUACCGACAAAGAAAUGCGGAUGUCUCGCGACAUCACGUGCAGAACAGAAGCGACGUGGUAGUUUACUGCGAUGGUUAAAGUGAGUUCGAGUGCUCGACCCCGCCGCGUUGAUGGACAGUUUGAUUAUGUGUCUCGU